CAGGAAGUAGGUCGAAGACAGCGCGUUUUCCUUAUGUACAUGCUCAACCAGCCGGUACGACGAGAAAUUAUCUGAUGUUGAUAUAAAAAUAAAGGGAUAUUCGCUUCUGUUGGAGAUGUCCACCAUGGAAAAAGAAACCCCCGCUAAAAAAGCAGCAGCGCCUUCUGUGUCUCAGAUUAAUGCAGAAUAUGUGACACAGUUGGCAAAUAAAUAUUGGGCUCCCCAUGCACAGAAUAAACUCCCCUUUGACCCCAAGGUGAUGGAAGAUGUUUAUGAAAAAGAGAUUCUACAGUCUAAAUUUGCCAUCAGAAAAAUUAUGCUGCUUGAGUUCAGCCAGUAUCUGGAGAACUACCUGUGGGUGAAUUACGCUCCUGACGUGUCCAGCAAAGCUUUCCUCAUGUCUAUCUGUUGUAUCGUCAAUGAGAAAUUCAGAGAAAAUGUCCCGGCCUGGGAGGUGUUUAAGAAGGAGCCAAACCACUUCCCAUUCUUCUUCAAAUGUGUAAUGGAAGCUGUGCUGGAGGGUGAACAGGCUGGUCUUACACUGAAAGAACAAACUGUACUUCUGGUUUUCCUGGACCACUGCUUCAACAGCCUGGAGGUCGAUUUGAUCAGAGAGCAGGUGCAGCAGCUCAUCUCUCUGCCCAUGUGGAUGUGCCUCUUACCAUCGAGACUCCAACACGAGCUGAAGAAAGUUCCAAAGCUGCAGAAGUUCUGGAAUCUAAUCAAGAAGAAAUUUGAUAAGAUGGAUGCUGACGCAGCCGAACAGGCAAAAAAAGAAAGGGCCUUCCUCUCAGCUCUCAUUAAAAAGUUUCUCGGAGUUCUGAUGUCGAUUCCUGCGUCAGGGCCUGUAUCUAUGGACAAAGUGCAUUACUGUGAGAGAUUCAUUGAACUCAUGAUUGAUUUAGAGGCCCUGCUCCCGACCAGGCGUUGGUUCAAUACCGUCCUGGAUGACUCUCACCUGGUGGUCAGCUGCCACCUGUCCAGUCUCACCCACAGGGAGAAGGAGGGACACCUGUUCUGCCAGCUGCUGGACAUGCUGAAGUUCUACACGGGGUUUGAGAUCAAUGACCAGACAGGAAAUGCCCUGACGGAGAAAGAGAUGACCACCCUGCACUACGACAGAAUCACCUCUCUACAGAGAGCAGCCUUUGCUCAUUUCCCAGAGUUGCUCGACUUUGCUUUGUCCAACGUAGCAGCUGUAGACACCAGAGAAUCACUGACCAAACACUUCGGUCAUCUCAGUCCCAACACACUCCACCGGGUGGCCUCGUAUCUGUGUCUGCUACCCGAGCUGUCUGAAGGGCAGGACACCACCUAUGAGAAGGUGGUUCUCCUCGAGCUGCUGGUGUCACGUCACGAGCGCAGAAUCUCUCAGAUUGAGCAACUUAACCAGAUGCCCCUUUAUCCAACAGAGAAGAUAAUCUGGGAUGAGAACAUUGUUCCGACAGAGUACUACUCGGGCGAAGGCUGUCUAGCUCUUCCUAAACUCAACCUCCAGUUCCUGACCCUCCACGACUACCUUCUGAGGAACUUUAACCUCUUUCGUUUGGAGUCCACCUACGAAAUCAGGCAGGAUAUAGAAGAUGUGGUGUGGCGUAUGAAACCAUGGCAGUCAGAGUAUGGAGGAGCGGUGUUCGGAGGCUGGGCCAGGAUGGCUCAGACUAUCACCUCUUUCUCCAUAGUCGAAGUCGCCAAGCCUAACAUCGGAGAGAGCUGGCCUGCUCGUGUCCGCGCCGAUGUCACUAUUAACCUCAAUGUACAAGAUCACAUCAAGAACGAGUGGGAAGGGCUGCGGAAGCACGAUGUUUGCUUUCUGAUCACGGUGCGGCCCAACCUGCCCUACGGCACACGCUUCGACCGGCGACAGCCCUUUGUGGAGCAGACGGGGCUGGUGUACGUGAGGGGCUGCGAGGUGCAGGGCAUGCUGGAUGACAAGGGACGUGUCAUUGAGGAAGGCCCCGAACCGAAGCCGAAGCUGCGCGGAGACUCCAGAACUUUCCGUGUGUGGCUGGACCCGAACCAGUACCAGCAGGACAUGACGAGCAGCAUUCAGAGCGGCACCGAGGACCCGUACGAGACGUUCAACAUCAUCAUGAGACGCAAACCCAAGGAGAAUAAUUUCAAGGCGGUGUUGGAGACCAUCAGAAACCUGAUGAACACUGAGUGUGUCGUCCCAGAUUGGCUUCAUGACAUUAUCCUUGGUUAUGGAGACCCAGGCAGCGCCCACUACUCCAAAAUGCCUAAUCAGAUCUCCACACUGGAUUUCAACGACACCUUUCUCUCCCUGGAUCACCUGCGUUCAUGUUUCCCCGGUCACACCAUCAAUGUUACUGAGAAAAAUCCUGAACUGCAAGUCCCACCUUUCAGAAUCAAGUUUCCCAUCUCAGAUAAAACAGAAAAAGGGAAGAAGAGAAAGGCUGAUGAAGAGGCGGAAAACAAAGAAGAGGACAUGACUUUGAGUAUUGAACCCUAUGUCACCCCCAAUCGGGGGCCAUACCCUUACAACCAGCCCAAAAGGAAUACGAUUCAGUUCACACCCACGCAGAUUGAAGCAAUUCGAGCCGGGAUGCAGCCGGGACUCACCAUGGUCGUAGGCCCACCCGGUACUGGAAAGACAGAUGUCGCUGUCCAGAUCAUCUCCAACCUCUAUCACAACUUUCCUGAGCAGAGGACCCUCAUAGUCACACAUUCAAACCAGGCUCUGAACCAGCUGUUUGAAAAGAUCAUGGCCCUGGACAUUGACGAACGCCACCUCCUGCGUCUGGGCCACGGAGAGGAGGAGCUGGAGACUGAGAAGGACUUCAGCAGAUAUGGCAGGGUCAACUAUGUCUUGGCUAGAAGACUGGAGCUCCUCAGGGAGGUGGCCAGGUUACAGGAGAGCUUGGACGUCCCAGGAGAUGUAUCUUACACCUGUGAGACGGCAGGGCACUUCUACCUCUACCAGGUGAUAUCUCGCUGGGAACAGUACAUGAGCAAAGUGAAGCCCAAACAGGUCAAGAGGGUGGAGGUGGAGGCCGUCGCCGCUCAUUUCCCCUUCCACAAGUAUUUCUCCAACGCGCCCCAGCCGGUGUUCAAAGGCUGCACAUACGAAGAGGACAUGGACAUCGCAGAGGGCUGCUACCGCCACAUCAAGAAAAUCUUUACCCAGCUGGAGGAGUUUAGAGCCUUUGAGUUGCUAAGGAGUGGACUGGACCGAUCCAAGUAUCUGCUGGUGAAGGAGGCUAAAAUCAUCGCUAUGACUUGUACACACGCUGCACUCAAACGUCAUGACCUGGUGGAGCUCGGAUUUAAGUACGACAACAUCCUGAUGGAAGAAGCUGCCCAGAUUCUGGAGAUUGAGACCUUCAUCCCUCUGCUAUUACAGAAUCCAGAAGACGGCUACAGCAGACUGAAGAGGUGGAUCAUGAUUGGAGACCACCACCAGUUGCCCCCUGUCAUCAAGAACAUGGCCUUUCAGAAGUACUCCAACAUGGAGCAGUCCCUCUUCACCCGGUUUGUGCGUCUCGGGGUGCCCACCAUUGAUCUGGAUGCGCAGGGUCGUGCACGUGCCAGCCUCUGUAACUUGUACAACUGGCGUUACAAACACCUGGGGAACCUGCCCCAUGUGCAGCAGCUGCCCGAGUUCCAGGUGCCAAACCCCGGCCUGACCUUUGACUUCCAGCUCAUUAAUGUGGAAGACUUCGAUGGUGUUGGAGAGUCUGAGCCAAACCCUUACUUCUACCAGAACUUGGCAGAGGCGGAGUAUUCAGUGGCUCUGUACAUGUACAUGCGUCUUCUGGGCUACCCCGCUGACCGCAUCAGCAUUCUCACCACCUACAACGGACAAAAACACCUGAUCAGAGAUGUCAUCAACCAACGAUGUGCUGGAAACCCCUUCUUCGGGCAGCCCAAUAAGGUGACCACAGUGGACAGGUUCCAGGGUCAGCAGAACGACUACAUCAUCCUGUCAUUGGUGCGCACCAAAGCCGUGGGACACCUAAGGGAUGUGAGGCGUCUGGUGGUGGCCAUGUCCAGAGCCAGGCUGGGUCUGUACAUCUUUGCCCGGGUGUCUCUGUUCCAGAACUGCUUUGAGCUGACUCCUGUUUUCAACCAGCUCACUGCCAGGCCACUUCAGCUCCAUAUCAGACCACAUGAAUACUACAGCCAGGAACAGCCUAGAGAUGCUUCUGCACAGCCAGACCAAAUAGUGAAGAACAUGCCAGAGAUGGCCAACCUGGUGUAUAAUAUGUACAUGCACAUGAUCCAGACCUCGCAGAAGUACAGACAGCAGCGGCAGCAGAACCUGGCUCUGCCGCCGCAACAAACCAAGACAGAUGCAGAGGAGCAGCAAACACCAGCCAGAUCUGAGGAACAGCAGGACCAAACCCCCAUGGAGCAGGAAACCCCCGGGGAAGUGGACUCCAAGCCAAAGUCUGAGGACACCGCUGACUUGGAUCCAGCGGGCCACGCCAAGAUGCCAGAGCACCCCGGCAGAGACAGCGACAGUGACGGAGAGGACAGCGGAGGGGAACAGGAGCAGUAGAGCAGCCUCAUCUGGGACCAGAGUCUAAUGAACAGGGGCCAAGUGGACCGCCCCUGAAGUAAAGAUGAGUGUAGAGUCACUGGUUCUGGAUGGGCUUUUGUAACAUGAAUCCGUCACAGCAAUGUCUGAUGUUUUUCUAGAACAUUUAAUUUUGUUACUAUCAGUACUUUUUCAAUAAAAAAGAUGAACUUUUUCA